AUGAAAGGUGCAAAAAUAAUUGAGGGAGGGGAGAGGGGAGCAUUGAGUUGGGUUGAAGGGAUGGUGGUGGUGGUCCUCUGUGUCUCUAUUCCUCUCUGUCUCACCAAAAUUUAUCAAGAAACUCAACUCCCCAAAAUUUCGAUCUCAGUGCUUGGUAGCGACAAGAUCCAGUUGGGGAGGGUACGAGGCGGAGAUUUGGGAGGGUGGUUUGGUGGAUGA